ACCGUCGUCUCUUUCCUUUCUCUUCUUUCAGCAGGUUUCUGUUCCACAAAAUUGACUCAAAAUCGAAGAAGAAAAAUGGCUGCGAUGAACACGAACAAUCUCGGCACCUCAACCAUUUCUUCAUUGUCGUCGGCUUUUUUAGCUCCGACCAGUUUCAAUUCAAGGGCUCGGAGUGUCCCUGUUCGGGUGAAGAGAAUCGGUGUAAUUAAAUGUGUUGCUGCUCCUCAACAGGAACAAACGGUCUACCAGACAAAUGUUUCUCGCAAUGCAAAUAUGGCCAAACUUCAAGCGGGGUACUUGUUUCCGGAGAUCGCGAGAAGGAGGGCUGCACACUUGCAGAAGUACCCUAAUGCACAAGUGAUAAGUCUUGGAAUUGGUGACACCACGGAACCCAUUCCAGAAGUUAUAACUUCUGCAAUGGCAAAGAGAUGCCUUGGAUUGUCUACGCUAGAGGGUUACAGUGGCUAUGGAGCUGAACAAGGUGAAAAACUAUUGAGAGCUGCAAUUGCUUCAACAUUUUAUAGCAACCUUGGUAUAGAGGAAGAUGAUAUAUUUGUCUCUGAUGGUGCUAAAUGUGACAUCUCCCGCCUUCAGCUGCUUUUUGGAUCUAAUGUUAAAAUGGCAGUCCAAGAUCCAUCUUACCCGGCCUAUGUAGACUCCAGUGUUAUCAUGGGCCAGACUGGACAGUUUCAGAAGGAUGUUCAGAAGUAUGGAAAUAUUGAAUAUAUGAGGUGUACUCCCGAGAAUGGGUUCUUCCCUGAUUUAUCCACUGUUGCACGAACAGAUAUAAUAUUUUUCUGUUCACCAAACAAUCCUACUGGUGCUGCUGCCAACAGGGACCAACUGACUCAACUGGUUAAGUUUGCAAAGGAGAAUGGGUCUAUUAUUGUCUUUGAUUCUGCAUAUGCUAUGUAUAUGUCAGAUGAUAACCCACGCACUAUCUUUGAAAUUCCUGGAGCAAAAGAGGUUGCAAUUGAAACAUCUUCUUUCAGCAAGUAUGCUGGAUUUACCGGAGUCCGUCUAGGUUGGACUGUUGUUCCUAAACAGCUCCUAUUUUCAGAUGGAUUUCCUGUAGCCAAGGACUUCAACCGUAUUGUUUGUACUUGCUUCAAUGGUGCAUCCAAUAUUCCCCAAGCCGGUGGUUUGGCUUGCCUUUCACCGGAAGGCCUCAAGGCUAUGCAAGAGGUUAUUGGAUUCUACAAAGAAAAUACCAAGAUAAUAGUGGACACAUUUAACUCACUUGGGUUCAAGGUGUAUGGGGGUGCAAAUGCACCAUACGUGUGGGUUCAUUUUCCUGGCCGAAGCUCAUGGGAUGUAUUCAGUGAAAUACUCGAGAAGACACAUGUGGUUACAACCCCCGGAAGUGGCUUUGGACCUGGUGGUGAAGGUUUCAUCAGGGUCAGUGCCUUUGGUCACAGGAAAAAUGUUUUAGAAGCGUGCAGAAGAUUCAAGGAGCUUUAUAGGUGAAUGGAAAUAGUAUGACCGGUUCAGGCCACAUCUUUGUGUCUCCUCUGAAGGAGCUGCUGCUUUUGUGAGUUCUUUUCUUAGAAGUUCAGGACCGUAAAUCAUAAAUUCUCAUUGAGAAUCUCUAUCUAGGAAAUGCUUCAGAAAUGCUGAAGCAACAAUAACUUGUAUUUUCUUGAGAUAAUGUUUAUCUUGGAGUUUUGGGUAGAUUGUUCACAGUAUUCUUGUCUUGGUUAUUACUUCGUUAUCUUAACUCAUGGAAGUUUAGACUUCCUGGUAAUGGAAUGGUAUCAAGAAAAAGGUAAAGACGCA